UGCACCGACGGCAAGGAGCAGAACAUAGACAUCCGCAGCCAUGCACCCGGACAGCUCCUACCACAAAUGGGACAACUCAGAGCAAGUGGAACUGACAGUGCAGGAAGCGAGCAGCGUACCUGGAAGAGGUGGUAAAGCUCUUUGCCUUUCCAACUUCACCCAAGGGAAGGCCAUUGCGAUCCUGUAUCUCCUGCUGAUGAUUUCAAUUGCAGUGGCCACAGCUCUCAUCGUGGUGAAACUUGGGAAAUUGUCCAAGGGUCUUGCUGAAGCCCAGGAGGAUCGAGAUACUAUAAGAAGCGAUACCAAGAGAAAUCUGACACAUCACCAGGACUAUCUAGAGUUGAAGAUGUCCAAAGAAUUCAACGUGUUUAAUAGUCGACUUCUUAAUGUGUCCAAGGAGCUGGCUGGGGUUAGGCUGGGGAUCGAGGAGAUCCAAGCUGAUCACGUGAAAGACCCAUCACAUCUCCAGGACGCCAUAGAGAUAAGGAACCUAACGCACAGUAUGUCGAAGGAGCUGGCUGAGGUGAGAAGGGACCAUGACAGACUCCAGGAGGUCUUGAGCAGGGUGCAGGACGAGUUACGGAAUAUCACAGAAGUCAUCUGCACAAAAUGUCCACCUGGCUGGCAGCAUUUUGAGAAAAAUUGCUACUUCUUUUCAACAUCGACUAAAUCCUGGUUGGACGCUAAGCAGUUCUGUACCAAUGAAGGGUCUCACCUGGUUAUCGUUAACACCAAACAGGAACAGACGUUUUUGUCAAACCAACUCAUUGAGCCCGACGUGUACUGGCUGGGCCUCAGCGACUCAGCGAAGGAAGGGGAGUGGCGCUGGGUGGACGGCAGCCCCCUGUCUGUCAGGUUCUGGGGGCCCGGAGAACCCAACAAUGUUGGGCAGCACGGGGAGGACUGUGUCCACCUGCGCUUCAACGGGAAGUGGAACGAUGCCACCUGCUCCUUGACUGAGCACUGGAUCUGCGAACGGCAGUGCUAGCUCAGUCCCUGAAUCCACAACAGGGAGGGGAGGUGUCACACAGCCUGCCCCACGUGGGACUGCUCCGGAGCUUUCAUCUCUCUAAAUCAGUGAUUCUCAGACUGCCACUCACGAGAUGCAAGAGCAACAAGGAGUCUGGUGGCACCUUA